AAGUGACACUGACAGUCGUUUGUCAAUUGUCAAAGAAAACCUCAAAAAUACAAGAAUCUAAACAUGAGGUUAGAAUAAAAGAAAAACCUAUAAACUAAGACUAAUAAAACUAUCUAAAUAGACACGCACACGCAGUAUUAAUAACAGAACAGCAUUUGGAUCAGAAUUAAUACAAAAACAUGAACGCGAUCAGGAGUUUAUGGCGUUCUGCUCCUAUAGCACGCAGUGCUUUAACAGCUAACUAUGCUAUACGACCUCUUUCGGCGGCGGCAGCGGUUCCCAUACAGAAACCUAUAGAGCCAGUACCGACCACUGUAGAGUUAGAUAAGUUAUAUAAACGGGUGGAGUUGGAAAUGCGAGGUAUCGACCCGGCAGUGCUGCUCAGUUACUCGUGGUUCUGUGUGGCGGCAGCUUCGCAUUUGGGCAUCGAAGUCACUAAGAGUUGGGCAUUAAGAAAAGCUGAAAAGGAAAGACACACCCUCCUCCGUUGUGUCCACAUUUACAAGAAGCACAGAGUGCAGUACGAAGUGAGAUCUUACUUCCGAUUCAUCCAUCUUCAGAGGCUGACCGGUUCUACUUGCGACACAUACCUAGAAUACAUCGAGAGGAAUCUUCCGGAAGGUUGUGCACUCAAAGUUACAAAGGUUGAGUGCCAAAAACUACAGGAACACAUUACACCACCAACUAAUGAAUAAGAUUAAGUUUAUACUGUAGUCAUAGAAUAAAAUACGUUAUUAGAGUA